AGAAAAUUGGGGUUAUGAUGAUUUCAAACCAAUUUUAUUGUCUUUUUGAUAUUGUUACUUUGUAUUUCUUCUUUUUGGGUUUCCUCCUUCUGCACACGUUUGCUUCUCCUGUGCUCCAACAUUGUCAUCAUGACCAGAUGGAUGCUCUUCUUGAGUUCAAACACGAGUUUCUGGUAAAUGAAUUCAACUCAAACUCAUCUUUAAGUUCAUGGAAGACGAAUAGUGAUUGUUGUCUUUGGGAAGGUGUCACAUGCGAUACUAAAUCUGGCAAAGUGAUUUCACUUGAUCUCCAAUACAUCCCUCUCAACAACUUUUUAAAACUUAAUAGUGGUCUUUUCAAACUUCAGCAUCUUCGUAACCUAAGUCUUAGAGAUUGCCAUCUCCAUGGAGAGAUUCCUUCUUCAUUAGGAAACCUUUCUCAUCUCGAACAUCUUGACCUUUUGGGUAAUUAUUUAGUAGGGGAAGUUCCAGCUUCAGUCGGAAACCUAACCCAACUAAAAUAUUUAAACCUUAACAAUAACAAGUUCACUGGAAAUAUUCAUGUUCCAUUUGCCAACUUUACAAAGCUGACCCACUUAGAUAUCUCAAACAACCAAUUCACAGGUGAAUUGCCUCUUGUACUACUAAAUCUAGCCACUAGUUUGUCGAUUUUAGCCAUUAGCAAUAAUCUGUUUAAAUCCAUCUUUCCAUCUGAUAUGAGUCGAUUCGACAAGUUAGAGCAUAUUGAUGUGGGAGGUAACUCAUUUUUCGGUCCUUUUCCUACACCUUUGUUCAUGAUUCCUUCGUUAACAUGGGUUAAUUUAAGAGAAAACCAGUUUGAGGGACCUAUAGAGUUUAGGAAUAUAUCUUCGUCAUCUAAGCUUCAGAGUCUAUUCCUUCGUCAAAACAAAUUCGAAGGUCCUAUUCCCAAAUCCAUAUCAAAAUUUCCCAAUCUUGAGACUUUAUUUCUUAGUGACAACAAUUUCACAGGAACAAUUCCCAUAUCUAUAUCAAACUUGGUCAACCUUGUUACUUUUGAUAUUAGCCAAAACAAUUUCACUGGACCAAUCCCCAGAUCAAAUUUAGUCAAACUCCAGUAUCUUGAUCUUUCUAACAAUAAGUUGGAAGGUGAAAUACCAGGUUGGUUAGGGGGUGUGUCGGAGUUGAUGCUUUCUCACAACUCUUUCAGCCGUUUUGGAAAGUCAUUAGAAGUUUCAGAUGUAACACAUAUCCAAACGUUGGAUCUGAGUUCAAAUUCUUUCCAAGGACCAUUACCUCAUUGGAUAUGCAAGCUUAGACCGUCAAUGUUCUUGGAUUUGUCUAACAAUAUCUUCAACGGUUCCAUCCAUCAAUGUUUAAGGAACACGAUUGUUCCUCUCAGAGCGCUAAAUCUACAGAACAACAAUCUCACUGGAAUUCUUCAUCAAGAUUUAUUUGUCAACGCUACCAACUUAGAGUUAGUUGACGUUAGGGGCAACAAGUUGGAGGGAAAACUUCCAGAAUCAUUGAUCAACUGCAUUUCUUUGAAGUUUUUAAAUGUAAGAAGCAACAAGAUCAAAGACAAGUUUCCAUCUUGGUUGAGUUCUCUGCCGUCAUUAAAUGUCUUAAUCCUCCGAUCAAAUGAAUUCUACGGGCCUUUGUAUCAUCCACAUGUGUCCAUUGGGUUUCAAAGUUUAAAAGUCAUUGAUAUAUCACAUAACCACUUCAACGGAACUUUGCCGCCUUUCUAUUUUUCCAAAUGGCAUGGGAUGACCACGUUAAGGGAAGAACAUCAAAGUUACACCGUCUACAUGGGAUAUCCUGCGUAUGGAGGUUUUUACCGUAGUUCGAUGGAAAUGGUGAACAAAGGAGUUGAUACAAAGUUUCAGCGGAUCCGAAAAGACUUCAAGGCUAUUGACUUUUCAGAAAACGAAUUUGGUGGAAAGAUACCGAGUUCCAUUGGAUUUUUGAAAGAACUGCGUCUUCUCAACUUGUCUGGUAACACAUUAACAGGCAAUAUACCUCAAUCAUUGGCAAAUCUGACAAAUCUCGAGGAACUAGACUUGUCUCGAAAUCAGCUGUUAGGUCAGAUUCCUAGUGAGCUUGGCAGUCUAUCUUUUUUGUCAAUUAUGAACUUCUCCCAUAACAAUCUCGAAGGUCCAAUACCGCGAAGCACACAGUUUCAAAGACAAAGCUGUUCAGCAUUCAUGUACAACUCCAACCUCUAUGGUCUCGAAGAUAUAUGUGGAAAGACACAUGUCCCUAAUCCUACACCACAAGAGUCCGAAGAUUUGUUCGAGCCAAAAGAACAAGUGAUUAGUUGGAUUUCAGCUGGGAUAGCCUAUGGACCUGGUGUAUUUUAUGGGUUGGUGAUUGCACAUAAAUUAUCUCCACACAUACACAAGUGGUUCAUGUAAAAGUUCCGUCAUAUGUUCAACACCAUCUCUCUUUAAAUGUUUGCGAAACAUGUGUAUAUUUGUGCUCUUCAAAUGUAAUUUUUUAUAUUAUUAUUUGUUUUAAUAAUCGUGGUG